AUGGUCAAACCAUUGGGCUUGCCGAGGGACUCUCUCGAACGUCGACGCGGCGGUCGUGGUGGACCAGCACCUCGUCGCGACCGUAUGGAGAGCGGUGAGCGGGUAGCCAAUCGCAUGAAAAACGACUAUAACAGUCAAUUCAAGAACAAGGGCUCGAACAAGUCAGGAUCCACUGGAGGACGUGUAGAGAAGAAGAAGAAGGGGUUCAACCCGAUGGCGAAGGCGCAUAUGGGAUCGGAUGCUUAUAAAGGACAUGCUAAGAAACUGAAGGCAGAGCUGAUUCACAAGGCCAAGGUCAAGAAGGAUUUCGCCAAGGUGUUGAAGAAGGAAGAGGAGAAUACCCCAGAGUUCUACAAGAAGAUCUUUGGCGAAAAGACAAUUGACAACGAGGGAAACGUUAUCGCAUACAAGAACGAUGACGCUCCAGAAGCCGAGGAUGAUGCCGAAGAAAUGAGUGGAAGCAGCGAUGACGAGGAUAUGCAGGGAUUAGGAUCUGACGAGGAUGAGGAGGACGAAAAUGAGGAAGAUGAGGUGGAAUCUGAAGAAGAGAAGCAAUCCAAAAAAUCAAAGAAGGGAGUGGCAUCAACAUCCGCAACAGCGAAACCCGGAAAACAGGAAGACGGCAGUUUUGUGCGCGCACCUAAGCCAAACCCCUUCAAAGCUGCGAUUGAGAAGCGUGAGGCCGAGAAGAAGGCCAUUCAGGAAGCCCGAGAGCGCGUACAACGUGAGAGGGCUCUGGCCAAGAAGGGCCGAGAUGCAUACUACGCAAACCGUGAAAAGACAACGAAGAAGAUGCGUGAAAAGACACCCAGCGGACAACCCGUCCUUGCCAACCAGAUUAAGAUGAUGCUCGGCAAGAUCAAAGAGGAUGUCAAGGAGAACACAACGCGCGCACCGGUUCAGAGAUGGGGUGGACGUGGCGGUCGCAAAUCUGCGGGACGCGGAACUGCUAGGGGUGCCAAGAAAGGGACUUCGAGUGCACAUCGUUGA